AUGCAAACUGCUGAAAGUGUAUGUUUAUGGAAUUAUCAAUAUAAAAAUCAGUCAUCACCAGAAUCAACAAAAGCAUCUUCUAAUGAUAAUACAUCUGAUUUAACUUGUACAGUACAUAUAUCCUGUCAAAAAGAAAUAUCAACGAAAGCCAUAGUCUAUUGUAAAGAAUGUCAUUCAUUACAAUGUCGUUUAUGUGAAAAGAAAAUUCAUAAAAAUUCCAAUAAUAAAAAACAUGAACGAUUAAAUUUAGAUGAAAUUGAUAAUGAAUUUUGUUCUAUUAAUCAACAACAUCGAGCAAUUUUUUAUUGUUCAACUUGUGCAUUAACAUUUUGUUAUAUUUGUUAUGAAAAUCAACAUCAAAAUCUCGAUAGACGAGACCAUAAAUUACAAAAAUAUCGAGAAGAACAAAGACUAACAACUAAAAAUACCAAUGAUGAACAUGGAACUAAAACUGAACCGAUAAAUAUCAAUACGCCCUCCAAUGUAAAUACUGAGAGUGCACAACCUGCAGCAUCUUCAUUUGAAGAUGUUCAAGUGGACGAUGAUAAUGAAAGCAAAACAUCACCAUCGAAUCGGCAAGUACGCGCAAUGAAAUCAAUUGCCGUACCCGAACGACAUAGUUUUAAUCAACAAAUGUUACUUGAAUCAAUGCUAGAGGAUAGUGAACAUGAUCAACAUACAAUAAAAACUAAUAAUCGCCUUUUACAACAAAAUCAAUCGAAUAUCGACUUACGAAAAGAAUUUUUACUUUUUGAUGCUGAUGAACAUUUAACUGUAAACAAUGAAAGUGAAUUUUUUCAUAGUUUAAAAUGUGCGAAAGAUCUUAGUGUAAAAUGUGUGUCCAUUAUUGGCAAUACAGGUGACGGUAAAUCCUAUACACUUAAUCAGGUAUUUUUUAAUGGCGAGGAAAUAUUUCAUACAUCAUCAACAGCUGAUUCGUGUACAAUUGGUAUAUGGACAGCUCUUGAUGAAAAUCAUCGAACACUCGUUCUUGAUACUGAAGGUCGUCUUGGUCUAUCUGAAAAUGAUCAUCGACGUGAUCGAUUAUUACUUAAAAUUCUUUGUAUAAGCGAUAUUAUUAUUUAUCGUACACGUGCAUCGAAAUUACCAAAUGAUAUGUUUCAAUUUUUAUCGGAUGCUUCGAAUGCAUUUAGAAAAUAUUUUCGGCAAGAAUUAGAAAAUGUUAUGAAAAAUUGUAGAAUCGAUGGACCAAUGUCAACUAUGGGACCAGCAUUGAUUAUUUUUCAUGAAACGCAGCAUACAGAAAUAUUAAAAGAUCAUCUUCAAUGUCAAAAAACAGCUGUUGAGCAAUUAAAAGAACGAUUUGAAGCAAUGAAAUUAUCCUAUGAUGCUUAUAGUUCCAUUGAAUAUGUUGGUAUUCAAGCACAAAGUGGAAAAUCAUCAGAUUUUAGUGAAAUCAAAGCAACUAUUUCAGAAACAUUAGAAAAUAAUAAUCGACGUUCUCGAAGACCUUUGUCUGUUGUUUUCAAAGCAAUAAAAGCGUUAAAUGAAAAGUUCAAUCAUGUCAUACCUCCAUCGAUGCCAUCGACAUUACCAGAUGAUUUUUUUUCAUGCCAUGCAACAUGUCUUUCUUGUGGUUUCAAAUGCACCAUCGCUGCAAAUCACGAAAAAGAUAAUCUUCCACAUGUUUGUAAUAAACGAUGCUCGUAUAAUAAAGAACUAGAUAAUGAAGUUUGGAAAUGUUUGCCAUGUCAUCGUGAUGGACGUGACACGAUUGUCUACGGGAAGUUAGUAACGAAAAAUGAUGGUCUCGUUCAAGGAUUACUUAAAUAUGUUUGGUCGGGCUGUGCUAUUGAAUGCCCAUAUCACGGCGAAAUCUAUCGUGCAAGAAAACAUUGGUAUGGAAAUAAUGAACCGAAAGAUGUAACGUUUGUAGAAAUAAUUCAUGUAUGGCCUGGUGAUGACAAUAGUCGAUUAGCUAGUGAUGUUACGCCAAGAAAAUUUGUUGAAUUGAUCGUUUCUGCUAGCAGUUAUCUUUCAGCACCAACGAAACUCAUAACAGAAAUGAUGGCUGAUCAAGUAGCACCAUCGUAUUGGGUACCAAAUAAAUAUGUUAUUGCUUGUUCAUCAUGUAAACUCAGCUUUGGUUCGGAAUAUUCUAAACAUCAUUGUCGAAUGUGUGGUCAUGUGUUUUGUGAUACAUGUACAACACGUCGUCUUAUUGUGCCAUGGAUUGAUACCGAAAACCCAGUACGUGUAUGUGUGAAUUGUUAUGACAAUCCAAAAGCACAAGCAUUAUUUGACAUAUCGAAACAGUCAAUUAAAACAGUGAAUGAAAAUGGCAAUAGCGAUGAUUCCACCAGCACUGUUUCAUCGAGUGACCAGUUAAACGAUCUAUGUUUAACACCAACGGAUAUUUUUGAUAUUGAGCAACCGGGCGCAGUUGAUAUUCCAACAUCGAGGCGUGUUUAUGAAACUGUUAAAAGUGGACUAGAGAAGAUGGGCGUUAACUAUCCGAUUGAACUCAUUAAAGAAAGUACUCGUCCGGCUUAUUGGAAACCGGAUAGCGAAUGUCGUGCUUGUUAUAUUUGUCAACGAGUAUUUAACAAUACAACAAAUCGAUUGCACCAUUGUCGAAGUUGUGGUGAUGGUGUUUGUGAGAAUUGUUCACCAAAAAAGCGUCCUGUGCCAGAACGGGAUUGGCUAACACCUGUACGUAUGUAUAUGUAUCAUGGAUAUUCAUCUUAUGAUGGUGAGAUACAAAGGCGUACUAUCUGUAAUUCACCAUUAUCGUCGAAUGUACCUUCUUCCGUAGCCGAAGAUAUUGCUUUACCUUAUUUAAAACACGUGCAAGAAUUAAUUACAAGUAAUCGGCCAUUUCCUAUUGUACUCGAUAAAGAUUUUAAAUGGGCUCUUGAAGUGUUCGCAUUUGGUUUCGCAUGUGAAGAAAGUACAAUAUUUCAAUUAUGUUCAAAUAUUUAUGUUGAAUGGCUGAAAGUCUUCGAAAGAACAUUCGGUAAUUCACUUUCGAUUCCACCGGUAUUGAAAGAAAAAUCAGAAUUUUAUUGGUCACAAAUGUUUUGGCAUUUAUAUCAUCUCUUCGUUAUUCAUGAAGGAAAACCUGCUGAUCUGUUAACAAAACGUAUGUAUACUCAUAAAGUUCUUCGUCAUCUCCAAGCAAUGAUUAGUCAAACGGAGUUAAGUCUUGAUCUAUGGCAUAUUCUACUUCAAGUAUUCUUAGCUAUUGGCGAUGCCGUACUAUCUCCAUCGUAUCGAACAAACGAAGAACCUACCGCUGUUACGAGUUAUCGUCUUGUACCAUCGAUUUAUCAAGUAUUUUUAGUUGCUGUUGCGAAAGUUGGCAUACCACCUGGUUUAUGGCGAACUUUUCAAGAUUAUGCAGUAACAUGGCGCCAUCGACCAGCUGUUAUUUAUGAUUGGGCACAAUUGACAUGUGCUCUUGCAUCAACUGUUGUGCGUAAAUGCUGGUGGUCCGAUUUAGCACCAUUACAAUACGCUUGUAGUGAAACAGAUCAAAGUGAUUAUAUUCAAAAGACAAUCGAUUCACUUCCAUUAGAUCAACUCGUUAUCACAUGGAUCAAAUUUCUUACUAUUUUACAAAAUCCAUCCGAAUGUGGUGAUGUUUCGGUAUUUCUUCGUUUGCCAAAAUAUCUAAAUCAAGUGCAAGGAAAUCCAAAUGUUAAACUAAAAGAUAUAACAUCACUAAAAGAAUUACCACGUAUUUUUGCUAAUGUUACCAAAGCCAUUGGCAUGUUUAUCGAUAUAUGGUUAGGAAAAAAUAUUGAUCUAACUGCAUUAUAUAUUCCUAAACCGAUAACGAAUUCAGCAGCUACAAUGAAUGAUAAUACAGCAUCUAGUAAUGGUUCAUUGUCAUCAUCGCGUCCUUUUGCUCAAUCUGUUCGUGCAAAUCCAUCAGUCGCACAGCAACCAACAUUAACUGGAACAUUAAAACCUACGAAAUCACACGCUGAUAAUCGAAGAGUAAGUACUCCACCUGGACAAAUACAUGCAGCAGCAUCUCCCACAGCUGCAACAUCCCCUACUCCUAUGCCUCCACCAACAAAUACAGUUGCACCAUUGCCAAGUAUUCCACAAAAUCUUUCUGAAAGAUCACCAAAAUUUUUACGAACAAAUCGACCUACUGUAAAUAGUUUAAUGCAUCUCUACGGUCCAUGGAUAUUAGAUGCUUGUUUAUUACAAUUGAAAGAUCGUUAUACACGUUCGGCGACCGUUGUGAAUGCGAACGAUUCUCCUCGAAUGGCUGAAAUCGAUAAAACAUUAGAUACUCAGAAUGAACGUUUAAUUGACGAAGCCUUUGCUAAAUCGUUUGCGACCAUAUGUACAAUAUUCAGUAGUGUGCAUGGUGAUGAAUUUAUACAUUCGGAGUAUUUAAGUCGCUUUUAUUAUGUUUUACAACAAGGUCUUCGACUGUAUCCAGGCGAUGAACAACGUUCUCAAACAAUAAUAGAAUCAAUUUUAUUAAAUAGUGCUGAUCUAUUUCGCAUUAAUCUACGUGGUAUAAAUAUUCUCCUACCACUUUAUUUGGAUGCAAUUCAAUAUUAUCUUCAAAGUGAUUUUCCAACAUUUCUUAAUAUUCACGUAGGAAUGAAAAGUUCAACAAAUCUUUCGAUAACUCGUGAUCGCUACGUACGCAUUCGUUUCACGUGCAUUCAAAUACUCAUGUCAAUUGUUAGUUUACCAUUUCAUUAUGAAAAUCUUCAACAAAAUUUAUUUGAAGAUUAUUUCGAAAAAUCUCAUGAUGUACAACCAACAGUUAAAAAAUUUUUAGAAUAUCGCUCAAAGAUACUGCCAUUAUUGUUAGUAGCUUUACAAUCAGAACAAAAUACGAACAAUGGCCAAUUACUAUUCGGUACUAUUCGUUUAGCUUGUUCAUUGACUGCACAUUACGAACGGCAAACAGGCAAAAUAGAAGACAAGACUUAUAAAGAAAUAGCUGCCGAAUAUUCCAGUAAUGCAAUACUGAUGAUCUGCGAUAAAGGUGCACAUGAUCCUCAAUUAUUUUUGGCCACCCUCGAUGCAAUUAUUUCAUUUGUAACGGAUCCAAUAUGUCCAAUGCCUAUUGAAACAUGGCAAAAAGUUUUCGAACGCCUAUGCACGUUUAUUAAUACACAAUUGCAUUUGUCUGCAAAGCAUCAUACACGAGAAAUGCAUACAACAUGUGUAGCAACCUAUAAUACAUUAGUAACAGUAAUUAUUGAACGGCCAACAUUACUUGAUGAUCCCGACAAUCUAUAUCAAUUAUGUGAAAUCAUUGAAUUAGGACUGUCGGGCACAAAAGAUGAGACAACAGACGCGAUUGUUUAUAAAAAUGUUAAAGAAACUCAUCCAGCAUCGCAGCGUAUUGCCGAAGCUGUUGAAUAUUUAAUUUGUGUUCUAUUCGAACAUAAAAAUAUAGAGCGAUUGACAAAUGUUUCGCAGCGUUCUGUGGCAGGAGCAUGUUUACGUGCUGAACUUGUUGGUGAUAAAUUUAAUGAAGAGGCUGUAUUACAUUUAAAAAAUGAUAUAUGUCGAAAUGGUUUGGAUGAAACAACAUUUACUAAUUCAAUGACAUCAACACAAUUUAAAUAUUUUGCCGUUAAUGGAAAUAAUUUAUUUGCCAUUAGUGAAUUACCAAUGAAUGCUAAUAACGGUAUGCCAGCAAUUAUUCUUCUUUGCCGUGGAUUAUUCGGUAGAAAUGUUUGGACAUUAAAUUUUCGUCAUAAUCCUUCAUCCAAUCUAUCAGUACAAAAGAAUAGAUCCCAUGAACGAAUGUUCAAUAAAAGAGAUAGAACUAAUUCGGUAGCAAACACGAACUUGUCCAAUGAUCAUAAAGAAAAAAUUGCUCCACUACCACAUCACACACGAAAUGAACGAACAAAAAGUGAAUUAAGUAUUCCAACAUUGAAUUCAGUUGUUAAACGUGAUGAAGAAAAAUUAAGUGUGUUUCGAACAUUGAAAACUAAACAAAUAAAACUUGAAGAAAUUGCUCUACAACGCACUAAUCAACUUGAUGAAAAAUCAAUUCCGGAAUUGAAACCGGCGGAAUGCCAGAAAGAUUUCGAAAGUAUUCGUCUGUUUUUGUCACAUUAUGGUUUUUGUUCAUUGGAUUCGAUACAUCGUCUGCUUAAUGGACAAAAAUGGGAUAAAUCGAAAAUGUUGGACCGUAUCCAACCGAAUAUUCAACUACUUGAUUCAAAUACAUCGACUUUUAUGGAUGAUAUUAAAAAACUUGAUAAAAUUUCAACAACACUUUAUUGUACGGCGCAAAUAUUCUAUCUUAAACGAAAUCAACAUAAAAUUAAUGAAUCACUUUCAAAUAUGGCAACACCUGAACAAUUGAAUCCAUCAUUUUUAAUAUUGGCUUCGCAACUCGGCACCGUUGUUGAAGUACAACGCCAUUGUGGUUGGACAGGAAGUGUUGAAACAAGUUGGAAAGCAGUUUCAGCUGCUCAAUUAAAUAAAUGUCCAACAUCAAAAAUACUCGCUCAAAUUGAUGGAGAUGAUAGUAUUUUAUAUUGGGUUGAUUUAACAAUUGAAAUGGCGUUUUAUUUGCCUCAUCAUUUUCCUGCUGAUAAUCAAAAUUCAGAAAUGCGAAUAUUAAUUGUUUGGCUGGAAGAACUUCAUGAAGAUCUUGAUUCAAUACUACCUGCUCAAGAGCAACAAUCAAAAUGUCGAGAUAUUUCUAUAAUUGGCAUUCAUCCAUUAAAAAACCGUCUAUUUCGCAUUCUACUGAAUUCCACUGCCCAACGAAUACAAUCAGCCUGCGCAUGUAUUCCAUUGAUCGAUGGUAUGGUUGUACCAUUACAUAUUCUGCCAACAUUUAUUCGACAAGCUGUAAAUACUUUAAGUCGCCGAAAACGAUUAGAAGACAGUCAAAAUUCUAGUUCUCAAACUGCUUAUACCGUUCGAAAAAAACAUAUAGCAGCAAUAAUCGACAAAUAUCAAAAACGAACAAACAAUAAUCUUGAUGAUUUUUUUCAAAAUAUAUUUUUUUCUUCAACAACAACUAAACAACAUACGAUUGUCACUCAAUCAAAAGCACGUUCAAAUUCCAUGAUAACUGUGCAAUCGUAG